CAAAUAGGUUAACGUUGUGUUCUAAGUUUUUCUGUUUGUACAUAUAGCAUUGUUUGGUGGUACUUAUAAAUAAAUUUGUGUGUUGUGUAGUUGUGAAGAGAGCCGUAUAUAAUGUUAUAGUGUAUUUCAUAAGCAUAAGGUAUCGAAGUAUAAAACCAUGGAUUUCGGACACCCUCCGCCGAAUUUGGGGAUGCCUCCUCCUGGCAUGGGUAUGGGCAUGGGCAUGGGACCACCCAUGGGUCCGCCCGGUAGAAACAACAUUCGUCAUAAUUUUAGACCGUUCAACUACCAGAUGCGGUUUCCACCUCAAGGGCCACUGAACAUGACUCAAGAUGAUUUCGAUGGUAAACGCUUACGUAAAUCCGUUAUGCGAAAAACUGUAGAUUAUAAUGCUGCUAUUAUAAAAGCUUUAGAAUGUCGCGUUUGGCAGAGGGACUGGCGGGACAGGCACGCGCUGCAACCCGACGCUAUGUAUACACCUGAUCUGUUACCGCCACCCUCUUACCCCGAUAACCCUAUAAAUGCUGUCACUACUCGAUUUGUUAAAACUGCUACCAACAAAAUGAGAUGUCCAAUUUUUGCGGUGGCUUGGACGCCGGAGGGUCGUCGUUUGAUCACUGGGGCUUCAUCUGGAGAAUUCACACUAUGGAAUGGGUUAACAUUUAACUUUGAAACAAUUCUACAAGCUCAUGAUUCCCCUGUGAGGUCAAUGGUUUGGUCCCACGGUGAAGGCUGGAUGGUAACUGGUGAUCAUUCAGGAUUUAUCAAAUAUUGGCAAAGCAAUAUGAACAAUGUUAAAAUGUAUCAGGCACAUAAAGAAGCUGUUAGAGGUAUUAGUUUCAGUCCUAGCGAUUCUAAAAUUGUUACAUGUUCUGACGAUGGCACAUUGCGAAUAUUUGAUUUCUAUAGAUGUCAAGAAGAAAGAAUAUUGAGAGGUCAUGGUGCUGAUGUUAAAUGUGUACAAUGGCAUCCCACCAAAGCACUCAUUGUGUCAGGGAGCAAAGACAAUCAACAACCAAUAAAAUUAUGGGACCCCAAAUCUGGGACAGCUUUGUCCACUCUGCAUGCACAUAAGUCUACAGUAAUGGAUCUGAAAUGGAAUGAUAAUGGCAAUUGGCUCAUAACAGCAUCUCGUGACCAUUUACUUAAAUUAUUUGAUAUCCGUAAAUUAGGAACAGAGCUACAAAUAUUUAGAGGUCAUAAGAAAGAAGCCUCUAGUGUAGUUUGGCAUCCUACUCAUGAGGGUUUGUUUUGCUCAGGUGGUUCUGAUGGAGCUAUCUUAUUCUGGAACGUGGGUACUGAUAAGGAAGUAGGUUGUAUUGAAGGAGCUCAUGAAUCUAUUGUCUGGACAAUGGCCUGGCACCCUCUUGGUCACAUAUUAUGCUCAGGAUCUAAUGACCAUACAUCAAAGUUUUGGACUCGAAACCGUCCUGGAGAUCUUAUGAGAGACAAAUAUAACCUCAACACAUUACCACCAGGAGUUCAGGAUGACCAUGACUUAGAAGAACCAGCAAUUAUACCUGGCAUGGGUCCUGAGGAUAAGGUUGAAAUAUUCUCCUCUGAUACUGAUAAGGUCAUUCCAGGUUUGGAUUUGGACACCACUUUUGUUCCAAUGGAGUUUGAGAAAAAGGUGAAAAAGGUACCAUACAGUAAACCAAUACCUAGAAACUUCCAAGCACAGUGGAAUCAUGGGCCUACUAAUGAUGAUGCUGCUACUGAAGCAUUGACUCAAGCAUUAGUUGAAUCUGUGCCAGGUGCUAUACCCCUGCAGCAAAUAACACCAUCAGCUAUAUUUAUUUAUGGGAAACUUAUUCCAGUAGAACCUGGUUCCAAACUGGAGAAGGCUAUAUCUGAUGGUCCUUUAUCAUUGAAAAAGUACAUAGCUUCAGGAGAAAUAGAAGAACUUCAUGAUGUGAUGCCUCAUUUAGAAGAUGAUGCUGAUGACGAUAAUUACCAACCAUUUGAAUACCCUGAACCUGGAAAUGAAAAUGACAAUCCUGAUGAAGAAAAUAAUGAACAGGAAAACUAUGAUAAUUAUGAUCAAGAUAAUGAAUAUUAUGAUAAUGAAAUGGAUGUGAGUGAACAAAACAAUCAAGGCGAUGAACAAGGUUUUAACAAUGGGCCUCCUGAAAUGAAUAAUAUGGGAUCUAUGAACAAUAUGCCUCCACCAAUGAGCAACAUGAUGCGUCCACCUAUGCCAAUGGGAAAUAUGGGUCCAAUGGGUCCUCGUCCACCAAUGGGACCUAUGCAUCCUAUGGGUCCAAUGCAUAUGCCGCCGCCACACAUUGCCAAUAUGAUGGGUAAUAUGCCUCCCAUGGGUAACAUGCCACCCAUGGGCAACAUGCCACCAAUGGGUAAUAUGCCAGCACGUCCACCUUUUCCCGAUAAUGGAUUUAAUAAACCGCACUUCGACUCUGGGUAUGAUAAUCAACAAUACUCACAAAAUGAUGAGGAUUACAAUGAAGAUGAAUCAUCCUAUGAUCAAAACUAUGAUGACGAUGGUUAUAAUAAUGACGACAAUGGAGACGAUGGAUACAAUAACAACAAUAUGCGGAAUCAGAGAUGGGAGGGUGGCUAUAGAGGGCGCGGGCAAGGGCGUGGCAGAGGUCGCGGCAUAAACGGCCAUGGUGGGCGAAACAACUGGAGGGGUAACAGCGGCUCGCGAGGCACUUCCAGAGGUCGCCGCGGCGGCGGUGCCAACAGGAGCUUUAGAAGAGGCGGCAAACCCGUACCCAACUAGCACACCGCCGUUUUGUUCAACCUUAAUAUAGACUUUAUUAUUAUUAAUUUCCUACGUUUUAAUCGAGACUUCGAGACGUGUUUCGAAAGUGUUAAGACAAUACAGUGAUGAUGUUGCAAAA